AUGGCCUCUAUCGGGGACUUCGACCCGCUCCAUUCUACGGUACCAGCAACUAAGAUUGAAGUUACCGUCUCGUGCAGGAGUCUAUUGGACAUGGACACUUUUUCUAAAUCAGAUCCUGUUGUCGUGUUGUACAUACAAGGCAUAGGAACGAAAGAAUGGAGAGAGUAUGGCAGAACAGAGGUGAUUGACAACACGCUGAAUCCAGACUUUGUGCGGAAAUUUGUUCUGGAUUUCUUCUUUGAGGAAAAGCAGAAUCUUCGGUUUGAUGUGUACAAUGUGGACACAAGAAGUUCAAACAUCUCAAAGCAUAAAGAUUUCCUGGGCCAGACAUUUUGCACACUUGGAGAGAUUAUUGGCUCCACAGGCAGUCGCAUGGAGAGAACACUAUCCGGGAUUCCAGGGAAGAAGUGCGGCAACAUCAUCUUAACCGCUGAGGAACUCAGCAACUGCAGGGAUAUUGCUACUAUGCAGCUGUGUGCCAAUAAACUGGACAAGAAGGACUUCUUUGGGAAGUCUGAUCCUUUUUUGGUGUUCUACCGCAGCAACGAGGAUGGGACGUUCACUAUCUGUCAUAAGACAGAGGUGAUCAAGAACACGCUGAACCCGGUGUGGCAACCAUUCACCAUCCCUGUGCGUGCAUUGUGUAAUGGUGACUAUGACAGAACCGUUAAGGUAGAUGUGUAUGACUGGGAUCGAGAUGGAAGUCAUGACUUUAUUGGCGAGUUCACCACUAGCUACAGAGAGCUGUCCCGAGGCCAGAGCCAGUUUAAUGUGUAUGAGGUUUUAAAUCCAAAAAAGAAAGGAAAGAAGAAAAAAUAUGUAAAUUCUGGCACAGUGACAUUGCUUUCCUUUAAAGUUGAAUCUGAAUACACAUUUGUAGACUUCAUCCGAGGAGGGACACAACUCAACUUCACUGUGGCCAUAGAUUUCACAGCAUCAAAUGGUAACCCAGCUCAGCCAACCUCCCUGCAUUACAUGAGUCCAUAUCAGAUGAACACCUAUGCUAUGGCAUUGAAGGCAGUAGGGGAGAUUAUUCAGGACUAUGACAGUGACAAGCUUUUCCCAGCAUAUGGAUUUGGAGCCAAACUGCCUCCCAAUGGCAAAAUCUCCCAUGCCUUUCCUCUGAAUGGUAACAGUGAGGACCCAAACUGUGUGGGGAUAGAGGAGGUGCUGGAGGCUUACUUCCAAAGUCUCAGAAAAGUCCAGCUUUAUGGACCAACCAACUUCGCCCCGGUCAUUAACCAGGUAGCAAGGGCAGCGCAGGAUGUGACUGAUGGCUCCCAGUAUUUUGUGCUGUUGAUGAUCACAGACGGAGUCAUAUCAGACAUGGUGCAGACCAAAGAAGCUGUUGUCAAUGCUUCAGCUCUGCCCAUGUCCAUCAUCAUUGUGGGUGUGGGUCCGGCUGAGUUUGAUGCUAUGGAAGAGUUGGAUGGUGAUGAGGUCAGAGUGUCAUCUAGAGGACGUUUCGCGGAAAGAGACAUUGUUCAGUUUGUUCCUUUCCGUGACUACAUUGACCGCUCUGGAAACCAGAUCCUGAGUAUGGCUCGGCUGGCUAAAGAUGUUCUAGCGGAGAUCCCUGACCAGCUGUUGUCCUUCAUGAAAAGCAAAGAGAUCGAACCGCGUCCUGCUCCCCCUGCCGCCAGUGUGCCCAACAAACCCCUUGUCAACAUGCGCAUCUGAGCAUCUGCGCAUGUUCCCAUCUGACAAAUGUUAGCAUCAGUAAAUGUUUGGCAACAAACACAGCUUUGUGCAACCAAAAAGUUCCAUUAUCUACAGAGCUAUAUACUCUUUUUAACUUAAAUAUGACACUUUUCUGAUUCUGGUAGACACAUUCUAUAGACACACAGAGAGACAACAAAAGUAAUAUAACUAGAAAGAAAAAUAAAGUGAGGAGAAUGAAGACAAAGUAGGGAGAGAGAGUAAGCAAAUGAGAGAGAAUGACUGGCACAGUCUGGAGUGAAAGGGGAGAUGAACUCAUUAUCUGUCCCAAACUCUGAUAACCCCAAACAUGCCAAGGAUGACAAAAAGCAAUCAGUAAUUAACCACAGACCAUUCAAUCAGUAAUUAACCAUUCUUUAUGAACCCACUUCUUUAUGAAGUUUCUAAAAUUUGUAACUGGAUGUAUUAAACAUAGCCUAUGUGUGCAUUUGUGCGAAUGCUUUCUGAAUGAAUGAUGAAGACAACAUGUCUCUAGGUGUCCUAAGAGAAUUCUUUAUGUAUUUUAGGGUUGAAGGCUAGAAAGUAUCUGCAAAUUGUUAUGGCUGCACCCUUUACCGCACUUUGUGAAACCUAACAAACCUCUUCCUCCUAAUUUCUGAAAUAUAGAAAUGUUUUGAUGAUUAAUCAUUAGAUGUUGAUUUUUCUCUGGGUGCUGAAUAACUGACAAUGAGUUUUAAGAAAAAAAGAGAAAAACAGAGAGAGAGAGAGAGAAGCAACAGUCUUCACACCCUCUGUCACUGACUGACGUGCAGCCACCCCAAACCUGAUUAAUAUAUUCUUCUAGUUUCAUCAGCCCAAAUUUAUCUCCCUGACUACAAACCUCCACACUCUGAAUGUCCAUAUGGCAGACCCAAAACUUGUGUUUGGUCUUUGGUAGACUCCUACAGCCAUCAAGUGACUGUAUUUUUUUUUUUUUUUACCAAGUUGUCAGUGUUUCUAUUCACUUUAUCUCUCUAUUGUUACACUCCCUGCUUAUAAUCCUCAGCACCUCUCUUCAUAUGAAUGAAUUCUUUCUUGGCUUUGACCUUCGUUUCAGCCAUGACCUGGGGGAUUUUACCAGAUGAAUAAUUUAUUCUGGCAUUAGCCCUGAAGAAUUAAAUCCCCUUGGUCUUUAAGAGUUUGCAGUGUCUCUGUUGGCUGUUUAGAGUAAAAAACAUACCAUGCUGCACAACAGAAUACUGUACACAAUGGCCAAAUACACAAGCCUGAUUCUAGACUGCAAGGACAAACAUUAUUUCUUUCCACCUAGAAAGAAACCAGAGAGUGAAUAAGGGUGAAGGAAAAGAGAAUGUGAUCACAACUACCACUUGAAAAUAUAGCACAGGGCCAUUAUGUUAAUUUCGAGGGAUUCAGAAUAUGCCUCUUCUCCUUUGCAAAUGAAUGCAAAAUUAUUCUACUCUUCCUCUAGCUCCAUGUCACUGACUCCUGUUCUAGAUGCAUGUAAUAGUUCAUGCCCCAAAUCUGUUGGCUGUUCUGUCUCUGGCUGCUGAUACUGCUUACUGCAUUACAGAGUGUCUGAUCAUAGGCCAAAUUUGAUGCAAAUGGAUUGUGGCUGCCUAGAUAGACAACAUUAUUGGGUAGUAUUUGAAUACUCCAACAGUUUUGGAAGUCCUGGUUGGGGAGAAGCAUAGGAAUGCUAAUGAGUCUUCUGAACAUCUGGCCAAAUAGGAAGAUCUGUAAAGCAUCAACAAUCCUAUAAUUAUGUGAGUUUUAUUAAAGUUUUGCCAAAACUGGACUGUUGAAGAUUAGAAAAGGCCCAGGUGAUUUUUAAAGAGUGGUUAUUUGACUUAGCAUAGUCUUCCUGCCAGCUUGAACCAGUCUGGCCAUUCUCCUCUGAGCUCUCUCAUUAACAAGGCGUUCAUGAGAACUGCCACUCACUGGUUGUUUUUUGUUUUCUGCACUAUCCUGAUUUAAACUGAGAAGUUAGCAAGUUAGUAAGGGUGCAAGGCCUGCUAAAGUUAUGGUUUAGUUAAAAUAUAACCCCAUCAGACUGUUCCAGGUAAAUGUAUAGUGAUAUCAUAAACCAUGUUUUGGUCAUUUCUAUGAUCAGAACAUUUCAUAUCAGUAUAACUAGUCUUUCCAAAGGUGUCUGUGUUUUCAUCUUUCUCUGACUUUAGGGGAAAUUAACACAGUAACAUGGAAAAUUAUGUUAUUCUUUAUUAGCUCCCCAGAAAAUCAGUGGUGGCUCAGUGUUUACGGUAUUGAAGUGGAAGGUUAUGAGUUUAAAUUCCAAGACAGCCAAAGAACUAAUGUGGGACCUUAGAGCUAAACCCUUAACACUCACCACCAACCCUCAACUUUUUGCUUGGUUAGUAUCCUGUUUCAGUUGUACGUUGCUUUGAAUAAAAGCCACUGCGAAAUAAAAGAAAAUGUUUCAUUAAACAAGAGUAAACUAUGAGGACUUCAGCUGGAUUUUACCUUAAAGUUCAUUAACUGUAUUUAUCUGAUGAACACUGGUAAUGCUUAAAUGAACUAAUUCUUCUAUGUUGCAAAAUAUUUUAUUUGAUCUGUAAACAGAGAAUUAAUGACAGAAUGAAUUGAGUGUGUUUCUGUGUCUGAGUAGGGGGUACCAACUGACUUUGUAACUAUUUGUAAUAUGUUGCAGUUUAUGAUAUUGCAUGGCGUCAAAGGGGACCAUUAAUGCUAGUUUUUGUUGUUGUUACAAAUGUUUAUAUAUGUAGGUAUGUAUAGCAAGCACACUGUUUGGUUUUCUAUGAGAGUUUGUUUCUGUAUAUUUUGUCCUUGAUUUUUUGUUGUGUACAAUACAUAUUCUAUGGAAAUUGCAGAAUAUUGUAGAAUAUGGCACAAAAUACAAUGUAGCUUGCUGCAGAUAAAGAACAUAUUUCUCUAGAUAUUUACAUAAUAAAUUAAAUAAUUGACUUCAUUUGUUAAAGCUUUAGCAUGCAGCUUUAGCUGACACUGAACAAUAUGUAUUCAUUUUAAUUUGUAUUCCACAUUUUAUAUUUUUGCAUGACUAUCAAAAUGUAUGCUCAAAUAUGCAUUACAAUAGUAGUUUAUUGUUCAUUUUGUGCACCUUGUCCUGGGAGCAUAAUAAGGCAUGCACAGAACAUAACUCCCAAAUACAAUGCUAUUCAAGACAGGAGUACAUAAUGUUUAUUUUUUUUAUUCCUUCUACAGCAUUUACUUUUGUCACUAAACAUCAGUUUGUCUAGCAGUUUCUUGCCAUACCACAAUAAACUAUGCUUACCCU